CUCUCCUCCCCCGCAGCCAGGGCUUGGUACGUUCCCGGCCGGCGGCGCCGGGGGCCGCGUUCCGGAGCUGGCCGCGCUCUGGGGCCGGCGGGAGGAAGCGGGGAGCCGGCGCGCGGCAGCCCGGGGGACUCUCGCCCAGUGAGGUCCUGGCCCUGGCCCGGGGGGGGGGCUUCCCGGAGUUACGCGAAAACUAAUCAUGAGAAGGUCCUCGCUUUUCUUGGCACUUUGCAUGACAUGUACGGGGAGUGCGAGCCUGGCAGAAACUCUUCAGGGCAGGUCUGAAAGCUCCUAUCUGUGCUAAUGAUGUGGACUGAGAGAACUCCUCCUAGAUGGUGUCAUUUCAUGGCCAUUUCAGUAGCCGUGUAAUUUUUCAUGAAACAACAGCUAUGGCACCCCCAGAGAGAGAGGCCAGAAUGUCCCUCCUGUGAUGGGUUUGUGAUGAGGAGAGGCUGUUGGCUGCUGAGUGCUCUGAACCUGAGGUUUCUGCCAGGACUCGGAGCGCUGCAUUGAACCACUAGAGAGAGCCCAGAACACAAUGAACAAACUGAACUUUCAUAAUAACAGAGUCAUGCAAGACCGCCGCAGUGUUUGUAUUUUCCUUCCCAACGACGAUUCUCUCAACAUCAUUAUAAAUGUUAAAAUAUUAUGUCGUGAGUUACUUGUCCAGGUGUGCGACCUUCUGAGGUUAAGGGAUUGUCAUCUCUUUGGACUCAGCGUCAUACAAAACAAUGAACAUGUGUAUAUGGAAUUAUCACAGAAACUCUACAAAUACUGCCCAAAGGAAUGGAAGAAAGAAGCUAGCAAGGGCAUUGACCAGUUUGGUCCCCCGAUGAUUAUCCACUUUCGAGUGCAAUAUUAUGUGGAAAAUGGCAGACUGAUCAGUGACAGAACAGCCAGGUACUAUUAUUACUGGCACCUGAGAAAACAACUGUUGCAUUCCCAGUGUGUGCUGCGCGAGGAGGCCUACUUCCUGCUGGCAGCCUUCGCGCUGCAGGCCGACCUUGGGAACUUCAAAAGGAACAAGCACUAUGGGAAAUACUUCGAGCCUGAGGCUUACUUCCCUGCAUGGGUGCUGACAAAGAGAGGGAAGGACUACAUCUUAAAGCACAUUCCAAACAUGCACAAAGAUCAGUUUGCACUCACGGCCUCCGAAGCACAUCUUAAAUAUAUUAAGGAGGCCGUCCGGCUGGAUGACGUCGCUGUUCAUUACUACAGAUUGUAUAAGGACAAAAGGGAAAUCGAAGCCUCAUUAACCCUUGGGUUGACAACACGGGGCAUACAGAUCUUUCAGAAUUUAGAUGAAGACAGACAGUUGCUUUAUGACUUCCCCUGGACAAAUGUGGGAAAACUUGUAUUUGUGGGUAAGAAAUUUGAGAUUUUGCCAGAUGGUUUGCCAUCGGCCAGGAAACUCAUCUACUAUACGGGCUGUCCCAUGCGCUCCAGGCACCUCCUGCAGCUUCUCAGCAAUAGCCAUCGCCUCUACAUGAAUCUGCAGCCGAUCCUGCGGCAUGUCAGGAAACUUGAGGAGAAUGAAGAGAAGAAGCAGUACCGGGAGUCUUACAUCAGCGACACCGUGGACCUGGACAUGGACCAGCUGGAGAAACGCUCCCGAGCCAGCGGGAGCAGCGCGGGCAGCGCCAAGCACAAGCGCCUCUCGCGGCACUCCACGACCAGCCAUAGCAGCUCCCACACCUCCGGCAUCGAGGCGGACACCAAGCCCAGGGAGCUGGGGCCGGAGGACGUCUUCUUGGGCACCGCUGUGCACCGCAAACUGAAAACCUGCAGCUCCAUGACCAGCCACGGCAGCUCCCACACCUCCGGGGUGGAGAGCGGUGGGAAGGACCGGCUGGAGGAGGACUCUCAGGAUGAUGAAAUAGAAAUGCUGGUGGAUGACCCCCGAGAGCUGGAGCAGACAAAUAAGUCGCCCCUCGAGGUUAGCCCAGACAUGUGUAUCUACAUCACUGAGGAUAUGCUGACAUCACGGAAGUCUAACGGACACUCAGGGUUAAUCGUAAAGGAAGUGAGCUCAUCCACAUCCAGCUCUUCAGAAACAGUGGUCAGACUUCGUGGUCAAAGCAGCGACUCGUUGCCUCAGACCGCCUGCAGAAAACCAAAGACUUCCUCCGACCGGCACAGCUUAAGCCUGGAUGACAUCCGGAUUUACCAAAAAGACUUCUUGCAGCUAGCGGACACUGCCCAGAGCUACACGUUUGGCUGUGGCCACGAACUGGAUGAAGACGGUCUCUAUUGUAACAGCUGCUUGGCUCAGCAGUGUAUCAAUAUCCAAGACAGUUUCCCAGUCAAAAGAACGAGCAAAUACUUCUCUUUGGAUCUGACCCAUGAUGAAGUUCCAGAGUUCGUUGUUUAAGCUCCAUAGCUGUAUUGUGGCUGGACUGGCUACCUGCACUAUUGGAAAGACUUGAAAUCUAUUGAUAUUUCCUUGAAAUGUGUCUGGUGCCAUAUGGUUUUUUCUUCCGCCUACACACCUUGCCCUUUGCUACUACAAAUCAAGGCCUUAGCUACCGUUGCACUUUGAGUAGUACCCAGGCAGUAGGGAUAGAGAUUGUGUGGCAUGACCGAGCCCUGUCUAGGUUAAUCAGUCAGAGGGAGAGAGGAAUUCUCUUUCUUGUUUGGAAGUAGUUUGUGCAAAAUACUGAUGAUCUUAUUUCAGUUUGGAGAAGCACAACAUCAUUUCUUUAUUUAACCCAAUCAAAGAUAAUCCUACGUUCUUAUUCCUGCCUCAGGAAAGCUCUCGAGUCUGGCUGGGUUUGUCUUUUUUUGGUUUUGGGUUUUUUUUGUUUAGGGUUCCCCCCCCCCCCCCCAAAAGAUGCCAUUGCCUCUUGUUGUAUAGCCAUCGCUUUAGCUUCUGUAGAUGCUAAAAAGAAAAUGUCAGUCUCUUCGUUGUGUUCUGUCAAGCCAAAGAAAUGUAAAUAUCCUAAAUGCCAGUAUCAAGAAGAUGAGAUUUAAGCAAUAACUAGACAAGAAACUCUAUGCAUGUUCAUAAUACCUUGGAAAACGGUGAGUUCAGUUGCAGUUGACUUAUUGUGUGAUCCCAGUUCUUCCAAAAAUAUACUUUGGAAUAUAGUUCCACACAGAGCUUUUGUUCAGCAUUUUGUAAAGUUUACAAAAAUCAGAUUGAUGUUACAUGGGAACUUAGAAAGCUUCUACACUUCUUUAUUUUAAAGAAAAGUGAAAAAUAGCAGAUCUCAUAUAAUGCUGUAGCAAUAAUGUUUGCUGACCAAAGUACCUUAAAUAUAUAUAAUAUACAUAUAUAAAAUUAUAUAUAUGUUUAUAUAUGUUUGGAUCUUUAUAGACCCUUUUUAUUUUUGUUCUAAAAUACUUUUUAUACCAAGAAUAUGCUUCCUUCCUUUAAUAAUACGUAUAGACAAUCAUUUUUUUUUUCCCUAAACACUAACUGUCUGGAAGGUGAAAAAAUACUUUCCUGUUGCAAAUAAUAUGUAUGCAACUGCAUUGUUAGCAUGAUUGUUUUCAGUUAACAUAGUUUUGUUGUUCUUUUAAAUAAGGCUUUCCAUGCAUCAUUAAAUACUUUACCAUUUAAAUAGUUCUGAUGAAAGCAGGAAGAUGUUCUAUCAGAAAUGCAACAGGUGCAGCUUUCAAGAUGGAGUGUCCUAAUGAAAUUAACAUGAACAGGUGUCAUGAUAUUUUACAAUCGGUAAAUAUGGGGCAAAGCAUUACAGCAACUAAUAUUUACAGCACAAUGCCUCUUUUUAAAUAAAUAUUUUUAAUUAGGAUUUAGUAUUUUACAGCCAUAGUUUACCAUAUUUUGAUUAUAUCAUAUUUUUAACUGGAAACUUUUCUUAACAAAAUGGUUAUUUUAUAAAUAAGGAGUGUGAUAUUUUUAUAAGAAAUGCGGGUGUGUUUCUGGUAACAAACCGGACUUUAGAUUUUUGGUACAGGGCAACGUAAUCAGUGUUAUUGCUAUAUGGGAGACAGUAUUAUAGAGCAAAUAACGAACAUUGCAGCAUUGCUGCCUGAUACAUUUUUUUUUUUUUUUUGCUAGAAAAUGGGCCAGGUUUUCCAUAAACACUGGCUACUUUUCAUCACUCUGCUGCCAAGUUUGUGACAGCUUUAUGUUGUCAGAGUGGGGGAGAGCAUUCAGAACAUACCAGUGAAUGUUGCCCAUUAUAUAUAAUAACAUUAGUGUUUGCAUUGUGUGUAAGAUAUAUAGCCAAUUGCUGCCAUGGACUGUCUAGCCAGUGCAGGGAGAGUGAGCAGUGAAGCAUGCAGGUGCAUCAAUAGGGGGCAGUAUUCAGUGGCACCCAGCACCUCACUGCAGUGUGCUGUGCAAUAGGAUCACCCGCCACCUGCUUCCUGCAGAUGAUAGGAGAUGCACCGAUUAGCUGCGGAGCUAGACUCACACCGCUAUCCUCUAGCCCAUCCCUGGUGCCGAGCAUCUCUCUUGCUAGCAAUGGAGAGGUUCUGCAUCAGUUGAAAGCCGUUUUCCCUUCCACAUCAGCACAAGCCAAAACUAGAUCUAACUCAGCCAUGUGCAAAGUCUCCAAGCCUUAAAAGUCCACCUCGCUGGCGCUGGAGUUUCUUCCCUCUCUGCUGAGUCAUAUAUAUAUAUAUAUAUAUACGUGCACACAGUGUAUAUACAACAUAUAUAAUAUACACAGCUAUAUCACAUUGCAGUUAUCGGAGUUCAGCUGUCAAAAAUGGAAAAGAAAAAUUAUUCUGAAUUCACAAUGUCAGAUUUUUUUUUCUUGCCAACUGAUUGGAUAAGCCAAAGUUUCUGUGGUCAAAAGGAUUGUACAAAAUACCUGCUCCUCUGUCCGUUUAUUCCCCAGUUGUGGUGUGCAAUAUGUAAGGUUUCCCUCCUACUCAUCUUCACGCGUUCAUUGUUGGCAAACCCAUUUUUCUUGAAAUGGUAUGUGCUGCGCGUUGGUAUGACCCUGGCCAAACUGAAAAUUGUAAAGCACCCAUAUCAUUGAAGAGACCCCAACAUGAUAUGAGCUCUAUUUGUUCUUGUUAUUUAUUUUGUUAAAAUAUAGGGGGAAGAAUAUAAUUAAAGGAUUAAUUAUGCAAAUAGUGCUUUAUGCCGUCGAGAAAGCAGGCUACUUUCAGUCCAGAUCCUGCAAUCCAGUCAGUACAAGAAAGACCUUUUGCAAUCAUGCAGAGCCCUAAAGUUGUUCAUGGGUCUCCAUGAGGGUCUGCUGAGCUGGACCCAAUUGUAGGAUCGGGGCCUUUUGCUUUAUACUCCAACCAAAAAGUCUGAAGUCAUUCAUGUGGUUUUGCAGACAUGGUGGUUUUGCUCAAGUUGUGUUCUACUUGGAUUCACAAGUAGUUAACUUACAUGAAUAGACAGCAUUGACCCAAAACAAGACACGUCAUUGCUUUUGUCAUAAUACUCAUAAUUUGUUGCAAAUCGAUCUUUGUAAUACGGAGUGCUGGCAGUUGAAAAGGCAAUAUCUUGUAUUCUAUGCUUGGUACUAGAAAGCUGUAUGAUAUAAAGUUAUUUAUUCUGCAUUGGUUAGAAAUCCCAAAAUGGUCAACGUCUGGAUUUGGUGUCUGUUGCCUUCUGACAUUUACACUGAUACAUUUGCAAUAAUGAGCUAUAUGCAUGCACAAACUAAAUAAUCCUUUCUGUGAAAGGAUCUUCCUGUCAGGACCAUACAAAAAAGGGAGUGUGCAUGUGAAAACAUAGCAGAAUUAUUUUGUUACAUUGAAGUUUGUGCCUUUCAUGGUACAGUUAGAGAUUACAAUAAAGUUACAGUUGUUUGCAUUACUGAGAGUCUUGACAAUAUAAAAAAUGUUUUAACUAA